UGAUGUCUCCUUUAGAAUUUUCUGAGCUGAGGAUUGUUCUGGUGGGGAAGACUGGAGCAGGGAAGAGUGCAUCAGGAAACACCAUCCUGGGGAGAACUGAGUUCAAAGUAGAUUUUGCUGCAGAGUCUGUGACCAAAUAAUGUGAUAGGAGCAGGUAGAGGGGCAUUGCAGUCAUUGACACCCCUGGUCUGUUUGACACUCAACUCUCAGAGUCUUCAGUGAGGACCCAACUGGUGGAGUGCAUCGCCCUCUCCUCUCCUGGACCCCAUGUCUUCCUGCUUGUUGUCCAAAUUGGUCGUUUUACAGACGAAGACCACACUGCUGUUGCAAGGAUCAGGAACAUCUUUGGAGAAGCAGCAGUGAGACACACCAUGGUUCUCUUCACCCAUGGAGACACACUGGAGAAAAAGAAGAAAAGCAUUGAGGACUUUAUCCAGGCGGCUGGUGCAGGUCUGCAGCAGCUCAUUGAGACACGUGGAAACAGAGACCACGUCUUCAACAAUGAGAACACAGACAACCGUGAGCAAGUAAAGCAGCUGAUGGAUAAAGUUACAGCCAUGGUGAAAGAGAAUGAAGGGAUGUGUUACACAAAUGACAUGUACCAAAAAGUGGAGAGAGCCAUCCAGAGGAGAGAGGAAGAACUGAAAAGGGGGUAUGAAAAAGAACUGAAAGAGAAGGAAGAUCUGGAGUCAGAAUUAGAGCGAGCAAUGAAGGCACUCGAUCUGAAAGACUCUGAUUUAGAAGAAAAACAGAAAGAGAUAGAUGACCUGCAGGGACAAGUGAAACGGAUAAGAGAGGACAAAGACUUGAUGAAAAAGAAGAAACAGAGAGUCAGAGAGAAAGCAGAAAAGUACUUUGACAAGACAAAUAUCAUUGUUAAAUUAGCUAGAAAAUUUGCUGAACUUUGA